AAAACAGGCUAGAUGGCGGACGGCGGGCGUAUGGCAAGGACCGCGCUGGGACCGUCCCCAUUCAUCGAGCGUCUUCUCAUCAGUCAGAGCCGAGCCACAGGUAGAGGUGUGUUGCCGUAGUGUUUUCUGCCCUCUUGUACGUCGCUGCUCCUCCAUAUACACCAGCGUUAGCUACAGCAUAAAGUUCGCAAAGUGAAGAUUCGUGCCUUCUGUCCCAAGGGCCGGGCCCUCUGCCCGUCCUGGCUUUCUCGUUGUGUGCCUUUGAUGAACGACAAGUGAAUGAAUACGUGCGUAGCAUUUGAUAUAACAGCCGAAGCGGCCACCUCGACUCUUGAAAACUUGCAGUGUUCCAAGUGCUUCUCCUCCUCUCCUUUGGUUGGGGGAUAUGACUCUAGGGUGGCCUUGGUGAUGUGAAAACUUGUCUCAAGGAGAUAAUGAAAGUAGUGUAGAAGCCACCUGGAGGAAGGCUCAUUGUUCGACGACUCCUUGUGGAGCCUCUUAGCAACUUGGGGAAUAUAGUCAUUGUAGCUGUCAUAUCGAUCAUACAUGUACGCCCGGUGCAGAGAUGAAAGAUCCUCUUCCACUCUUAUGCAAAACAACAACAACAACAACAAUAACAGAGAUAAGCGCAAGUAUUUCACAAACUACAGUCGGUACGUUGACGCGCCAAUAGCGGUGAAUUCAUAAGGAAAAUAUAUGUAUAACCAUAGUCAAUUCAAUUUAUAUAGCUAUAAACGACAGUGACAUAAAAAAAUAUUACCGUCCAAAAAAGGUUACAAGCGUGGAUUAGAAAGAAAAUGCAACCCUAUCAGUAACACGGGAGAUAAGGAAGAUACCGAGAGAGAUUAUUAUUCGCGGGAUAGUGACAGAAACCUAAGCGGGGAAGAUCUGAGACUGAACAUAAUAGCAUUCACGCCAUCAAGUGCAUCGGCAACACAAUCCUAUCACAUUACCCUACGAGUUCAGGUGAUGGUUUCUGAGAGGAAGAGAGGCACGCCGUGUGAUCCUGAGCUGAAUGAAGAGGCAGUGGAAAAGCAGAUGCUUUGAGUCCCGGCCGUGUGAUGGUGGCGCGAUCAAGAACGACACCAACAACUACCUGAUCCUCCUCCUCCUCAUCGCGUGUAGUGGUGGAGGACGUAGUGAGGGUGGUGGUGGAGGGUCACCUAUUACUAGGUGAUGGUGGAGGGGCUGGUGUUUCGGGGCCGAGGCGAGAACAUGAAGGUGCAGGAGGUCGGUUCCCUCAGCAUCGUGCUGCCCUCCCCACCCAUACCACCAAGGGCCUCUCGUCUCGCCUGCAUCACCGCCGCCAUCCUCGCCUUCCUGAUAGGCGUAGCCGUCGGGGUGACGUUGCCCCUGGUGCUAUCCAAGUCCUCCUUGACAACGCCCCUCAAUUUUGCCCUCCCUCACCAGCAGCUGCAAACUUCUUCAACGUCUUCGUCUUACACCAGAAGACACGAAAAUGCCCUCGAUAUACAAAAUAAAGAAGACGUCGUUAUUAACAGCAUCGACGGCGAUUCCUGGCAAAAGUUGAGGGCACCUUUGCACACGUGGUCGCCCACAGUCAUCAAUGGUGCCAAUGACAGCUUGUCUCAGGGGAUGGGCGAUAUGCCCCCUGAGCACGAUGCUCCUGACGUGAAAGAAGCUCCUUCGUUGCUAGUCCAAGGGAUAUACUGGGGAGACGUGGUCGAAAGUUCUCUCCCGAAGGGGUUUUUGGACGUCGAGGUUGACAGCUGGAGGAAAUUCACUCGGCGUCAAGCAGUCGUUCGUCUGGAAGAAGGCUGCGGACGCAUGCAAAACAGACUCAUCACUUUCGAAAACGGGACCCAAUCUUGCUGUCGAUAUCGCCAAAACUACGACCAGAUUCAAGGUGAAAUUUUCAGUUUCUACUUGAGUCGUCUUCUGGGGUUAACCAAUGUACCCCCCUCAGCUCUGGGCAUCAUCAGGGCAGGGAACUGGCAGUGGUCGAAUGUCGGGAAUCAGCUGGCGUUGGCCCAGUGGGCCGAAGAGAGACCAGUCGUGAUGACUCGAUACGUGAAUAAUUUGACGUCAGCCUUCAUCCCCUCGUCACUGAGAUCGUCUCGACGGCGCCUUCACCCUUACCAGGUGGAGGAGAUCGAUCCAGGCGACAUCCGAACCCUGACCGAGUUAGCCCAGUGGUCUGACCUCAUCAUCUUUGACUACCUGACGGGCAAUCUGGACCGCGUGGUCAACAACCUUUACAACAUGCAAUGGAACCCCACUAUGAUGGAAGCCCCCGCACACAACCUCGCCCAUCACAAGGAAUCAGGUCUGCUGGUGUUUCUGGACAACGAAUCCGGCCUCUUGCACGGCUAUCGACUGCUCGACAAAUACGAGAGCUUCCACGCGUCGCUCUUGCAAGCGCUGUGCGUGUUCCGGCAGCCGACGGCAGAUCGGGUGAAGCAGCUGGUGUCGAGCGGCGAUGUGGGCGAUCGACUCCGUAAAAUGUUCCGGCGUAACGAGCCAGAUCUUCAAGAUUUCUUGCCGGCGAUACCUGACAAAUCCAUCAAGAUCCUCAACGAGCGACUUCGAAGUGUACACAAGCAAAUAACCAGAUGUGAAGAGAUGUACAAAAACUCUUAAAUAAAUAUUUCUUCCUUCGCAUUUCUAGUGUUUGCACGAAGCCAAAAAAUAAGGUAUGGGAAAAAACCGUGCCACCCAAGGCCUGUGAUAUUGGUGUAACGUUGUUGUUGUUGUGCGAGUGUGGGCGGCUGCACACCCACGGCCCAUGGACGCCCGCAGAGAGUACUACCUUCUCUGGUUAGUUGGUGCCUUGUGACUCGUCGUUCCUGUGGACUCAACAACUCGCUGCUUGACCUAAGGGCGUUGAGGACGCCGUUUCAUCAUCAAACGUAAUAUCUCCGAAUGCACAGUAUAAACAAUCAUUCCUUCAGGUGACUGCUGAUAAAAAAACAAAGUUAUUUCUCGUUCCAUUCACAAUAACAUUUUGCAAUAGGUGUAAAUUAAAAACUCAAAAUCAAAUAUCAGUGACAUCUUUUGUGAACAAACUCUCUCCAACUCAAUGUGGUAAAAUGGAAAACGAUCAAAAUAUCAGUUCAGUUCAAAGUGCCGCCGAUAUGGAGACCCUCUGUGACAUGCACAUAUUGUGUGAGAAGUAUAAUGUUAGUCAUCUCAUGUAUAGUGUAGAUAAAUAUAUAUAUAUAUAAAUAAAUAUAUAAACGUUUAACAGUAAAAGAACAUUACAAAAAUGUGAUGAUAAUCGCUAUAUUACACGCCUCAUCAAUUUCCUUGUGACGUUCCGUUGUCUGUUGACCAAGAUUACCGUUUUAACUGGGAAAAAAAACACAAACACAAGUUUCGUCCCGGCUCAAAAUCACGCACGUAUAUAUACAUAUAAAAUUUAUUGUGUAUGUUCUGUUUCACCAUUAUAAUUUGUUUUACCGACUUAUAAAAUUUUGUGUAUGUCUAAUUUUUCCUCAUAUUCUGUGUACAGAUAAAACAGUUCAUGAAAAAUAUAAAUGUUUAGAUUGUGAAAUAAUAAUAUCUGUUAUAAAUAAAAUCCUAAAAAUAUCUUA